UGCUUCACUCAGCUCCAACAUGACAAAAAUCUCCAGCCCUACAGAGACUGAGCAGUGCAUCGAGUCCCUGAUUGCUGUUUUCCAGAAGUAUGCUGGAAAUGAUGGUUACAACUACACUCUCUCCAAGAGGGAGUUCCUGAGCUUCAUGAAUACAGAACUGGCUGCCUUCACAAAGAACCAGAAGGACCCCAGUGUCCUUGACCGCAUGAUGAAGAGACUGGAUACCAACAGUGAUGGGCAGCUGGAUUUCUCAGAAUUCCUGAAUCUGAUUGGUGGCCUGGCUAUGGCUUGCCAUGAAUCCUUCCUCAAGGCUGUCCCUUCCCAGAAGCGGACCUGAGGACCCCUUAGGCCUGGCCUUCAAACCCACCCCAUUUGCUUCCAGCCUUUCUGUCAUCAUCUCCACAGUCCACACAUUACCCUUGAGCCCAGCACACCAGCCACCUCAUGCAGGCCCACCUGCAGAUAGCAAUAAAGCAAUGUCACUUUUUUAAAACAUAAAAAAAUAAAUAAAAUAAAAUAAUAAUAAUAAAAGUAAAA